UGUGGCGUAUGCGCAACGUCUGAGUAGUUCAUCAGCACAAUGUGGCGAUCUCUGGCGGCGAGCUGGCGCAACUGAGGCGGACCGCAUUCAAACGAGGUGAAAAUGAACUAGGACCAGUUCAAAUGCGAAUCGGACGCAAUUAUUUUUAACGCGGCGAACUAAAAGUUCGGGGCUAUUUUUGGAGGGUAUCCGCCCGCCAGCUGUUUCCAAUACUCAACUAAACGGAAAACGAGACGUGUCGUCGAUUUUCAGCCGCCAUUGCAACGAAAAAAAUCAUAUUGCAUUUUUAUAUAAUUCAAGUUGGAAAGUUGUGUUAAUAAUGGAGUACGAUCCGGACUAUCAGAAGAUCUGCUCUACGCGCACCGUGCAGUCCGAUAAGAAGGGUUUCUUCAACGAGUUCUAUUUGGAUGUGCGGGAUGCAUGUGGCGACAAGUGGCUGCAAAACUAUUUUGGAAAACUGAAAUCGAAUGCAGCUCGCAUUCUGUCCAUAUUCAGUGAUCGCGAGAUCUGUGAUCCGGUGCUCGGCGUCUUGGAGCAUGUACAGCCGGUAUAUAAGCAGAAAGACGUACUCCUCUCGACACAGCGCCGUGCUCAGGCCGAUAAGUUUUAUCUGAUGAGCACCAGUGCCGAGGUUGAGCAGGAUCGUACAGAAUUGCUGCAGCAGGCACUGAUGCAUGCCAAUCUGGCCGUAAUGCGGGCACCUGCUCCACAUUUGGACGCGAGCGUUGACAAUGGCCUUUCACUGGCCAUGGCCUAUCUGACGCGUGCCAACAUUCUGAUUGGUCUAGGCGAAGGCGAGGCAGCGUUAAGUGAUCUCAAGCUGGCGGCCAAUUUUGGAGUUGAGUCGAAGCAAAAUGUGGAGUACUACUGCAAAAUGGCCAAAGCUUACGCAGCUAUGGCUGAGGGCGCACGCGCUGAGAUCUCUCUGAAGAUUGCCGAAAAGCUGGCGGGCUCGAAUACAGCCAUAAUCGCAGCCUCCCGCAAGGAGAUUGCUCAGAUCAAGCCAGCCAAGCGGGAGCAGCCCAAAGAGCUGGCGCCGGCAUUGGCGCAUGGCGAGAAUCCAGCGCUAAGCGGUGCUGCCAAUGUUGUUAAGCUCGUGGAGACAAAGGAGAAGGGACGCUUUGUGGUGGCCAACGAGGGUUUGAAGUCCGGCGAUGUGGUGCUCUGUGAGAAUCCCGUGGCGGCGUGUCUAUUGCCCAACUUUUUCGGCACCAAUUGCCACCAUUGCUUCAAGCGGCUGCACACCCCAGUUCCGUGUCUGCAUUGCUCGGGCAUUGCCUUCUGCUCCGCCCAAUGCAUGGGCGAGGCUUGCGAGACGUAUCAUCGCUUCGAGUGCCAGUUUAUGGAUCUGUUCAUUGGCUCUGGCAUGUCCAUACUGUGCUUUGUGGCUUUGCGUAUCUUUACUCAGGCAGCCAGCUUGGAGGAUGGCCUGGCAACGGCUAAUCUACUCUUCGAGCACUUGUGCUCUCAUCAGUAUGUUCGCGAGGCGGAUGACUAUCUGCAGCGUUCCCUAAUGGCCGGCUUUCUAAUGCGCAUUCUACAGAAGGCUUUGUACUUUGGUCGACGCAAGACCGAAGGCGUCAAUCCCACCGCUGUGGAGCUGCAAGUGGCCACAGCUCUGCUCGGAUUACUGCAAGUGCUGCAAUACAAUGCACACGAGAUCUAUCACACCAUGGUGACCGAUGAGCACUGCUUCGACGGCUGCAAGGUGAUUUAUCUGGGCGCCGGAUUAUAUGGCACCGGUUCCUACUUUAAUCACGAAUGCUGGCCCAGCGUAGCUGGCUAUUAUGUGGGAAAAAAGUUGGUCAUGUCGGCUACCAAGCCACAUCGACCCAACGAGAUAGUCGCUGUUAACUAUGGGCCCAUAUUUACCAAGAUGAAUCUGAAGGAGCGUCAGCGAACAUUGCGCGGUCGCUACGCCUUCAGUUGUAAUUGUCUGACCUGCCAGGAAAAUUGGCCCUUGCUGCAGAAGAUCGACAAGCAAGUCCGAUUCUGGUGCACCUCGGCAAAUUGCGUAAAUUUGCUCAAGUUUCCCAAGGAUCUGGCAAAGGACGUGCGCUGUGCUCGUUGUCGCAAGAAUGUUUCGUUAAAGGAGAGUGUCGCGAAGCUUAUUAAAAUAGAGGAACUUUACCGAGAGGCUGCAGAGGCUAUGCAAGCCCAGAAGACAAAUGAGGCAAUUGAGCUUUUCAAGGAGGGCAUCGAUGCGUUCUUCCAAAUAGCUGCACUUCCACACAAGGAUACCCUGAUUGCACAGCAGGCUCUGCUUAAGUGUAUGGCCAACACGGGUACUACGUUCAAGAAGUAAUAUUUUGUAUUUUUAUUUAUUUACUGUUUUGAAUCUAUAAGUUUAAUAUGCGAGUAUUUAGAUA